UCAUCGGCCACACGUGUUGCUCCAUCACUCCAGACAACCUUUUGCUGUCUGAUCAAUGAUCCAGUUCUGUGGAGUAAAAGCAGAAAGAUAAUCAAGUUUGAUCAUUUCCUUUCAUUUCUUCCAUUGCAAAGAAGAAAACAUGGCUGGGGCCUUGGUGGGAGGAGCGUUUCUCUCUGCUUUUCUCCAAGUGUUGUUCGAUAGAAUGGCGUCUCCCGGGGUCGUUGACUUCCUUCGGGGACGAAAACUCACCGAUGGACUUUUAAGGAAGCUGAAGAUAGCAUUGCUGUCUGUGAAUGCAGUGCUCGAAGACGCGGAGGAAAAGCAAGUGACAAAGCCUGAUGUGAAAGAUUGGCUUGAUGAGCUGAAGGAUGCUGUCUAUGAUGCGGAGGACAUCUUGGAUGAGAUUGCUACGAAAGCCUUGCGAUGCAAGUUGGAUGCUGAAUUCCAAAGCACUGCAAGGAAGGUACGAAAAUCAAUCUCUGCUUCUUUUAAUCCCUUUGUCAAGGAGAUAGAACCAAGGAUAAGAGAGGUAAUUGACAGACUAGAAUAUCUAGCAAAACAAAAAGAUGUUAUAGGUCUAAGAGAAGGCGUUGGAGGGAAACCAUCGGAAAGAUUGCCCACGACUUCUUUGGUUGAGGAAUCUGGUAUUUGUGGUAGGGAUGAUGAUAAGGAGGCAAUAAUCAACUUGCUGCUCUCAGAUGAUGCAAUUGGCAGUGAGAUGUGUGUGGUUGCCAUAGUUGGGAUGGGGGGAAUAGGCAAGACCACCCUUGCUCAGCUUGUAUACAAUGACAACAGGGUGAAGGAGCAUUUUAACCUUGAAGCGUGGGUUUGUGUUUCAGAAGAAUUUGACGUGUUCAAGGUCACGAAAACAAUUCUAGAGGUAGUAACUUCCUCAACUUGCAGUAUUAAGGAUUUAAAUCGGCUUCAAGUUACACUAAAGGAGAAUUUGAUGGGGAAGAAAUUUCUGCUUGUUCUAGAUGAUGUUUGGAAUGAGAAUUAUGUUGAUUGGGAAGUGUUAAGGAAUCCCUUUAAAUUUGGGGCACAAGGAAGUAGGGUCAUUGUAACAAUCCGCAAUGAAAGUGUUGCAUCAGCCAUGCGCACUAUUGCCACCUAUCCUCUACAGCAGUUAGCAGAAGAAGAUUGCUGGUCAUUAUUUGCAAAACAUGCCUUCCAUGAUGGUAACUCUGAGGCACAUCCAAAACUACAAGUAAUAGGUAGACAAAUUGUGAAAAAGUGCAAAGGCCUACCUUUAGCAGCUAAGACAAUUGGGGCUCUCUUGCGGUCUAAACUAGAUGUUGAUGUAUGGGAUAAGAUUUUGAAGAGUGAACUAUGGGAUUUGACGAAUGAUGGGAAAAAUAUUCUUCCUGCACUAAGAUUAAGUUACAAAUAUCUCCCAUCCCAACUAAAGCAAUGCUUUGCUUAUUGUUCAAUAUUUCCAAAGGAUUAUGUUUUUGAAAAGAAUCAAUUAAUCUUAUUAUGGAUGGCCGAAGGUUUUUUGCAACAAUCUAGAAACAAAACAAUGGAAGAAGUUGGUGAUGAUUACUUCCUUGAUCUUGUAUCAAGAUCAUUUUUCCAACAAUCAAGCAAUGAUAAAUCAUCUUUUGUAAUGCAUGAUCUUGUCAAUGAUUUAGCAAAAUUUGUAUCUGGUCAAUUUAGCUUUAGGUUGGAGGGUGACUAUUCUCACGAAAUUGUGAACAAGACGCGCUAUUUGUCGUAUUUCAGGACACGAUUUGAUAAUUUUAAGAAGUUUGAGGCUCUUUAUGAGGCUAAGCGGUUGCGCACCUUCCUGCCAUUGAAAUUUCCACCAAAGAACGAGACAUUCUACUUAACUAAAUUAGUACCACGUGAUUUAUUGCCAAUGCUAAGAUGCUUACGGGUCCUCUCUCUAUCUCACUACAGUAAUAUGAAUGAGUUGCCUGAUUCAAUUAGCAAAAUUAAACAUUUACGAUAUUUGGACCUUUCUUUCACUACAGUGGAAAGGCUGCCUAAUACCAUAUGUAAGUUGUGCAAUUUGCAAACGUUGAAGUUAUCAGGUUGCAAAUAUCUUGUUGUAUUGCCAAGGGAAAUGUGGAAACUUAUUAAUUUACGUCAUCUUGAUAUUACUGGAACUAGCAUCAAGGAGAUGCCGACACAAUUGGGUAGAUUAAAAUGUCUCCAUACAUUGACUAUGUUUAUUAUUGGAAAAGAUAGUGGUUCUUGCGUUGUAGAGUUGGGAAAACUUUCAAAUCUUCGUGGAACACUUUCUAUUUUGGAACUCCAAAAUGUUGUAUCUCCUUCAGAUGCUUUGGGUGCAAGUUUGAAGGAUAAAAAGGAUCUUGAGGAGUUGGUGUUGGAAUGGAAAGCUGAUACUAGUAUUUCAAAAAGUAAUGUGACUGUACUUGACAAUCUCGAGCCACAUCCAAACUUGAAAAGUCUCACUAUCACCUAUUAUGGUGGUAAAAGUUUCCCAAAUUGGGUAGGGCAUGAUUCAUUCUCUAAUAUAACAUGUCUUCAUCUAAACAAGUGCAAAUCUUGCUACAAGUUGCCACCCCUUGGGCAACUACCUUCUCUGCAAGACCUCUCUAUUGUUGGGUGUGAUGGAGUUGUUACAGUAGGUCCUGAGUUUUAUGGAAAUGGUUCUUCUUCAAUUAAGCUAUUUGGAGUCCUUAAAGUUUUAAGGUUUGAAGAAAUGUUGAAUUGGGAGGAAUGGUUUUCUUUUGGUGCUGAUAAUAAUGAUGGAGCUUUCCCUCAUCUUGUUGAGCUUUAUAUUCUUAAUUGCCCCAAGCUAAUAGGAGGACUGCCCAUCAAUCUUCCUUCUUUAGCUAAACUUGUGAUCACUGAAUGUCUGCUGCUGAUGGCUUCACUCCCAAGGGCUCCUGCAAUACGUGAAUUGCAAUUAAUACAUUGUAAUGAGGCACUAUUAAAGGAAUUGCCAAUUAAAAUUCAGAAGCUUAAACUUGAAGGAUUUGAUGUACUGGAUUCCCCACCAGAGGUAAUAAUGGACUCUAACAAUUGUCUUCAAGACUUCGAAAUAUGUGAUUGUUCCUCACUUAUGUGCUUUCCUGGGGGUGGUCUACCUUCUACAUUAAAAACCAUUGAGAUCACAAAUUGUAGGAAGUUAGAGCUCCCUAUGGACUUGCAUUAUUCAUCCCUUGAAAGAUUGUUCUUGAUAGAUAGUUGUGAUUCUCUCAAGUUCUUUCCAUUAGACUUGUUCCCAAAGCUUUGUGAUGUCAUAAUCAGGGGAUGUAGAAAUCUGGAAUCACUUGGAAUUUCAGAACAUCAUGAACAUGACUUAAUGACACUACAGAUACAAAUCCUUGAUUGCCCUUGUUGUGUAUCUUUUCCAAAAGGAGGAUUGCGUGCCCCCAACCUCACAUGGUUUUGGGUUACCAAUUGUAGGAGUCUAAGAUCACUGCCUGAUAAUAUGCACAUACUCCUUCCAUCUCUAAAGUAUUUGCGUUUAGAAGAUUGUCCACAUGUUGUGUUGUUUCCUGAAGGGGGCUUGCCUCCCAAUUUGAAUCUAAUUUCCAUCCUUGGUUGUGACAAACUUGUUGCUAAUCGGAUGCGUUGGGGUUUGCAAAAACUCCCCUCAGUUAGAAAAUUUUCAAUCAGUGGAAAAUCUGAACAUGUGGAAUCCUUUCCGGAGGUAGGAUUUCUGCCAACCAAUUUGAACUUUCUUGACAUCUCUGAAUUUCCAAAUAUGAAAUCUUUGGACAAAAUCGGGCUUCAACACCUUACCUCUCUUGAACAAUUGUGGAUCCAUGGCUGCCCUAAACUCAAGUUUCUGCCAGAAGAGGGGCUGCCCACCUCCCUUUCUUUUCUACCGAUCAAUGAAUGUCCUUUGUUGAAGAAACAGUGUCAAAGGAAAAAGGGAAAAGAAUGGCGGAAGAUUGCUCACAUCGACUGCAUAAUGAUUGAUGAAGAAUUGAUUGUUUGAGCUAUAAAAUUAUGGCAAGAGUUCCCACUUUUUGUUCUAAAAUCUGCACAAAAGAUGGAUGGCGGACACAAUAUAUUCAACUUGGACA